UGUUACGAGCGGUACGUGAAGGCGUCGUGAGCAUGCUGGCGCUAACAGCGGCAAAGGAAGUGCCGUUAUUCUCUGCCACGUCUGUAGGCUCCUGAAGCGGCGCAGCCUGCAGAGGCGGCAGGUCGGAGCACCGGGAUGAGCCGGUGCGUGGUCGUGGUGGUGGGGGGGGGAUGAGAGGGGGGCAGUGGGAGUGACCGAGGAAACGCGGAGGAGAGGAAGGAAAGAGGAAACACGUCGAGGCACAACACAGCGCUGAAAAGAGCUCCGGCUUCUAGGAGCCACCGCUGUCUUUUGGAGGAUCCUUUCCUGCAGGACGUCUAUUGUCCGGACAGAGCCGCGGGGAAACCCAUGCUAAGCUCAGGGAGAAUGGAGGAAUUCGUAACCGAAGAGGAAGAGCCAUGGUACGACCAGCAGGACCUGGAGCAGGAUCUCCACUUGGCAGCAGAGCUGGGAAAGACUCUGUUGGAGAGGAACAAAGAGCUGGAGGACUCUCUGCAGCAAAUGUACAUCACCAAUGAGGAGCAAGUGCAAGAGAUCGAGUACUUGUCAAAGCAGCUGGAGGUUCUUCGGGACAUGAACGAGCAGCAUGCCAAAGUGUACGAGCAGCUGGACGGGACUGCCAGAGAGCUGGAACGCACCAACCACACGCUGGUGAUGGACAGCAAGUCCUCGCAGCAAAAGAUCGAGAGGUUAACGGGGACUAUUGAGACUUUGCAGAACCAGGUGGAGUCUCUGUCAGGGCAGGUGGAGCAACUUCGCUCCAUGGAGCAACUGCGGGUCAGGAGGGAGAAGAGAGAGCGACGCAAGACCAUCCACUCAUUCCCUUGCCUGAGGGAGCUUUGCACAGCACCCAGGUAUGAGGAUGAGUUUGUAGUGGGCAGGGCUGAAAGUUUUACUAUGGAAGCCAAGCGUCAGCCAUUUGAAGAAGAGAACCAGCACCUGAGGGAAGCGGUGUCUGCUCUGAGAGCUGCUGUCCGGGCCGAGAGGAGUCGCAGGGAAGGGGUGGAGAGGGAGUGCAACCUCCUGAUAUCGGAGUUCUCCCGGCUGCAGACACGGGUGCAGGAUGCUGAGAGCUGCCAGGCGAGAGUGCGGGAGCUGGAGGUGGAGCUGCAGGAGCUGCAGCAGCUGCGCCGAGCUCGAACUUUCCUCCUGAGCAGUGAGGAUGAUGGUGUGGCUCUUACCCAGACUGUCCUCAGUAUCACCCCGGAGACCGACACCUUUUUGGAAGUGGAGGUCGGGGAGACGGGAGGAGGCGUCAGGGAGGAGACAGCAGGUGGAGGAGGUGUUGGAGGUGAGGCGUUACCUGAUUCCAGUCCUGUGAGGAAAAGCUGCAGCGACACGGCGCUCAAUGCCAUCGUGGCCCGGGAUGCGUCCGGCAGAAGGAGAGGCAGCUACGCUCUGCACGCCAAUAGCGUGAGGAAAAGAGGGAUGUCCAUCCUAAGAGAGGUGGAUGAGCAGUACCACGCCCUGCUGGAGAAGUACGAGGAGCUGUUGGGGAAGUGUCGACGACACGAAGAGAGCCUGUGUCACGCCGGCGUCCAGACUUCCCGGCCCGUCUCCAGGGACCCGUCUAUGAAAGACUGUGCCAUGGGCCCCAUCGUGGCACCUCCCCCUACUCCCACCCAAUCGCCGUCCACCCCUGAAGCCAUCGAGAGCAUCAGCAAACAGGUGGAGGCGGUGGAUAAGCGGCUGGGGCAGAACACUCCAGAGUACAAAGCCCUUUUUAAGGAGAUCUUCUCUCGUAUCCAGAAGACUAAGAUGGACAUCAAAGCUACCAAAGCUGCAAAAACUAGCAAACCUGGUAAAUCUGGUAAAUCUAGUAAACACUAAAUUUACACCGACUGGCUCUAGAGACGGUGGCAUCAUUGCUUGUUCAGUGUUAGGCUGUGAAGGUGCCCGGCACGAACAUUCUUACAGAGGGUGCUACUUUUAAAACCACUAAAUUGAAUUAUGGUUCAGGUUGACUGAGGUCACGUCAGACUCUUGUGAUCGAGAGUUGAAACCUUCUGAUUUGCAUGCGAUCAAUCUGUAAAAGUUGGAGAACUUAAGCAUAAAAACAUAAACAAUUUAAUUUCAGCCUGGUCCAAAGUCUGUUCUGGCUUCACUGCCUUACUAACUAUACUUAAAACACUAUUACACAGCUUGUGGGCCUGACCAGUACACCAAAAGCUAAAGUUUCACAAAAACUAAUAAAACUGCAUAUCUGAGAAACACGAGUACAAAUCAAUGUCUGUCAUGUGUUGCUUUUAACAUAGAGAACUAAACUAGCAUUUCUGUGAUUAUAAUAAGACAAAGAUUGAUUCCUCACCUCACAAGCCGAGGAUGUCAAGGGUGACCUGGAGGUGCUACUUUUACUAAUAUCACUAGUCGCAUUAACUCUAGUGAAGCAUUUUUGUCUGGACGAGAUUCCUCCUUCCUGUGUGUGACCUUACUUUGGCUUAGUGAAAGUUUACGGGGCUUCGCCUUCAAUAGUUUGAGAUUUUGGGAAAGUGAUGAAAAGAUCCAUACCAGUGCUGUGUUUGUAUGUUAUUAAGCCACCGCUCAUUUAACAUAAACACUAACCCGACUCUUGUCAUAACAAGUUGUGGGUUUUGGGGAGCAAAAGUGUUGUGAAUGAAUAUAAUACAGAGAUUACUGACUGAUACUGGAUUAUUGUUGCUAAUACUAGGUAGUAAAAUGAUUAUCUUUAUACCUGUUUAUAUUCUUUAUCUUUCAGUCUUCUACAUUACUGAGUGCACUCAAAACCUUUAGCUGGCCAGUUGCCUUGCUAGCAGGUCAAAAGCAGAGAUGAGCACUAGUGAAAUGACAGUUAUGUGGAAAGUGUUUGAAACGUUGGGGUCACUUUUUUUUUUUUUUU